GUCUUCCUGGAGCGGCCGGCGGCCGGAGCGGCGCGACGCAUGGAGGGCGCGGGCGAGAGGGCGCCGCUGCUGGGCGCGCGGCGGGCGGCGGCCGGGGCCUUCGCGGGCCGGCGCGCGGCGUGCGGGGCCGUGCUGCUGACCGAGCUGCUGGAGCGCGCCGCCUUCUACGGCGUCACGUCCAACCUGGUGCUGUUCCUGAACGGCGCGCCGUUCAGCUGGGAGGGCGCGCAGGCCAGCCAGGCGCUGCUGCUCUUCAUGGGCCUCACCUACCUGGGCUCGCCCUUCGGCGGUUGGCUGGCCGACGCGCGGCUCGGCCGGGCGCGCGCCAUCCUGCUCAGCCUGGCGCUCUACUUGCUGGGCAUGCUGGCCUUCCCGCUGCUGGCCGCGCCCGCCGCGCGCGCCGCGCUCUGCGGGACCCCGCGCCCGACGCGGGUGCUCAACUGCUCGGCGCCCUACCCCAACGGCAGCGCCGCCUGCCCCGACGCCGCCGCCCGCCGCUGCGCGCCCGCCACCUUCGCGGGGCUGGUGCUCGUGGGCCUGGGCGUGGCCACCGUCAAGGCCAACAUCACGCCCUUCGGCGCCGACCAGGUCAAAGAUCGAGGUCCUGAGGCCACUAGGAGAUUUUUUAAUUGGUUUUAUUGGAGCAUUAAUUUGGGAGCGAUCCUUUCACUAGGAGGCAUUGCCUACAUUCAGCAGAACGUGAGCUUUUUCACGGGGUACCUGAUCCCCACAGUCUGCGUCGCUGUCGCUUUCGUGGUCUUCCUCUGUGGCCAGAGUGUCUUCAUCACCAAGCCCCCGGAUGGCAGUGCCUUCACCGACAUGUUCAGGAUACUCACGUACUGGUGCUGUUCGCAGAGGCGCGGUGAACGCCCCAGCAGUGGUGAAGGCAUUGGAGUCUUUCAGCAACCUUCUAAACAAAGUCUGUUUGAUUCAUGUAAGAUGUCUCGCGGAGGGCCGUUCACAGAGGACAGAGUGGAGGAUGUGAAAGCCCUCGUCAAGAUUGUGCCUGUGUUCGUGGCUCUGGUCCCUUACUGGACAGUGUAUUUCCAGAUGCAGACCACAUAUGUUUUACAGAGUCUUCAUUUGAAGAUUCCAGAAAUUUCAAGCAUUACAACCACUCCUCACACGUUCCCAGCGGCCUGGCUCACCAUGUUUGACGCGGUGCUCAUCCUGGUGCUCAUCCCACUCAAGGACAAGCUGGUGGACCCCAUCCUGAGGAGACACGGCCUGCUGCCGUCCUCCCUGAAGAGGAUCGCCGUGGGCAUGUUCUUCGUGAUGUGCUCUGCCUUCGCUGCGGGAAUCCUGGAGAGCAAAAGACUGGACCUCGUCAAAGAGAAGACCAUCAAUCAGACCAUUGGCAAAGUGGUUUACCAUGCCGCGGACUUGCCCAUUUGGUGGCAGGUGCCCCAGUAUGUGCUGAUCGGCAUCAGCGAGAUAUUUGCAAGCAUAGCAGGUCUGGAGUUCGCGUACUCUGCCGCCCCCAAGUCCAUGCAGAGUGCCAUCAUGGGGCUGUUCUUCUUCUUCUCUGGCGUCGGGUCCUUCGUGGGCUCAGGGCUGUUGGCACUGGUGUCCAUCAAAGCCAUCGGGUGGAUGAGCAGCCACACGGACUUUGGCAACAUCAACGGCUGCCACCUGAACUACUACUUCUUCCUCCUGGCUGCUAUCCAGGGGGCCACCCUCCUGCUCUUCCUCAUCGUCUCUGUGAAGUACGACCGGCAGCGAUCCAGAGCAGACGGAGUGGCUGCCAGCGCCAGGGCCUGACCGGGAGCCACGUGUGGUUCUAGACUGAGCACAGGACAGGGUGGGCGUGCACUGAGGGAUGGGCUCACGGGGCUGGCCGCCUGGCUUCCUGUGCUCGCGCGUUGCCUGGGCCGGUUCCCCUUCCCGCUGCCCAGUGGACUGAGUAAGUGCCUUCCUGUGCUCUGCCUGCCGGCACGCCGGGCCCUCCCAGAGCAGAAGGCAGGUUUUACUGCGUCGCUCCUGUCCAGCAAGGCCUCUCGAUCCUGAGCUGUUGGCUUUCCCACCAGAACAUGCAGACGGAGAUCACAAAGCCCUGGGAGCUGUGGGUGUGCUGGCUAGCUGCCCGCUUUCUUGGAUAUUGUCCCUCCUUCCCCAUAAACCCUAUGAGUGCCCUUUUAAAAAAUUAAUAGCAUUUACUUCUGCUGGGAAGCGGGAGGGUUCUUGAAGGAGAGCAUGGCCAAGUGCCAGGCGGUUUGCAGAGCCCUGUCGUGGUUCCUUCCUGAGCCACCGUCUUGCCAUCGCCACGUUCUUGGUCAGUUGGUAGCGCAUAUUUCAUCUGCUGCUUCAAAAACACUUGUUUCUUACACAGUUGUGACUUAUUUUUAAGCAGGAGCGUGUAUCAGUAAUUACUGGGCCCACGUGUCCUAGCUCAAACUGCAGAGCAACUUGCAGGGUAUUUAAAGCUCUGCCCAGACAGUCCCGAUGGCUAGUUUUAUUUUGGGUACGAGUGAGACAAGGCUGAUUGUGCUUGGCUAUGGGGAGGACGUUCUGUGAACAGCGCUAGUGUAAUGGAAAUAGUCGAAAUGUGAACCUGAGCGGUGGGCUCGUUGCCUACUCUGUGUCCUUAGUGACAGAUCUGGGGUUCUGAGUUUGUCCACUAAACUAUUCACUGUGUGUUGCUGUGUUUUUGGUAUGAUUUUAUUAUAAAACCAUCUCAAACGUGAGACCCAG